AUGAAGCCGCUGACCUUCACAGCGCUCAGUGCCGAGUUUGUCGGGACUUUCGUGGUCGCCUUCACCGUCGGCUGCACGACUUUGUCCGGAAUAGCACUGGACUGGGCGAGCAUCUCCAUCGCUUGUGCUUCCAUGGUAAUGAUGUAUGCGUUUGGCUCUGUAUCUGGUGGCCAUCUGAACCCGUCGAUUUCCAUCUCAAUGUUUCUGGCCGGUAAACUACGUGGCAUCACCACGUGUGCCUACAUCAUCUCGCAGUGCGCUGCUGCGAUCUUGGCUUUACUGGCAGUUCGCCAACUCUUCGAGGUGAGCCCGACCAUCAUUCCCAAGGUGGGAGACAGCUGGACUCAAGCGUGCUUGGUGGAGAUGAUCUACACGGCUAUGCUCGACUUCGUGGUCCUUUGUGUUUACAGCCGGCGUAACAACCCUGACCACGAGCCGAACCAGUUCUACGGCAUUGCCUGUGGCUUUGCGCUGAUUGCUGGCAUCGGUGCGUCGCAGAUGUCCGGUGGAGUCUUCAACCCAGCCGUAGCAUUGGGCAUCGGGGUCGUCGGCAAGGAAGGAGGAUCACUGAUGUACCUGUGCUACCAGCUGCUGGCGAGCCUGCUGGCUGCGGCGCUAUUUCGAGUCAUGAGACCCGAAGAGUACAUGGACCUUGCAAGCUUUCAGAACUACGAGCCCAGUGAUGCAGUGAAGUAUCUUUGUGAAUUCGUCGGCAGCUUUUUCGUCGUGGUCACUUAUGGCCUGAGCGGUGUUCGCGCCGCACCCGAGAGUUGCUCCUGGACCACGGCCUCAGCGCUCAUGAGCCUUGUCUAUGCCGUCGGUGACCUGUCUGGAGGCCAUUUCAACCCCGCUGUGACAACAGCCGUCGUGCUCUCACGCACGCGCAGAGUGUCGGUCACGCAGAUGCUCACAUACUGGGCGGCGCAGGUCGCGGCCGGCAUUUUGGCCGUCAUCGCUUGUCUUCACCUGCAGCCAAGUCGAACAUGGACACUGGCACCUCAGGAGAAGUACACGGCUGGCGGCGCCUACAUCGUAGAGUUUACGUUCACCCUGCUGCUGUGCAUGACCUUUCUCUCGGUCUCCUGUGUAAAGGGCAUCACGAGCAGCUUUCAGAGGAACUUUUACUUCGGCCUGGCCAUCGGCUUUGCUCUGCUGACGGGCAGCCUCUGCUCUUCUGGCAUCUCUGGGGGGUGCCUGAACCCGGCUGUUUCGGUGGGGGUCGGCGUGGCUGCCCUGAUACAGAACAGGUCCUAUGCUGGCUACUACAUACCCAACUACGUGCUGGCGCAGCUACUGGGUGGGAUCGGUGCGACCGUCGUUUUCGCCACCACACAUGCGAGAGUGCACUUCGGCAGCGUUGAGCAACUUGAUGCUAGAGUCAGAGAUGGCACCCUCUUCGCACUUCUCCUGGUGCAAGCAUCGAGCGCGUUCUCUGUCGCACCAGUGAGGACGUCGGAGUGGUGCAUGCGAGGCUAUGCUAUAUGCACCUAUGCACUCUCCUGCCCAGCUGAUUACGAACUCGAGUGCCAGCGUCUCGGCUGCGAGGCAAGCGAGAAGGUCUGCACGGACAUAGGUGUCCACUUCAGGCCUUCGGAGUGGAACGGUCACUGUGAGGAUUGGCCUGGAGAUGUUGAUACGAGAUACGAAUGCUGUGAGUGCGUGGGUUCAGAGCCGGUGCCAGAAAUCACUGCGCCGACGACGUCUGGCAGCGUUUGCCAAGAAAGUGACGCAGACUGCCCAUCCUCUCUCAACUCGAAUUGUUGCAAAGACGAGCUGAGCUGCCCGGAGGGCUAUGAGCUCUCCAUUGCCGUGCCGCUAUGUGGAGUAACCCACUGCAACCAACUGGGCCCGGCGUAUGCUGCAAGUGAAAUCAUCUACAUGUCGGACCUUUGCCGGCGACAGUCUCUACAUGUCUAUCCGGAAGAUCGGACGCUCUGCAAAACCUGUGAAAAGAUGGCUUCUGGAGGUGCGCCAUCGACCCAGGAGCCCUCCAGCACAUCCACACCUGCGCCGACUGCUGCUGUCUGGGAGCAUGUCGGUGAUCCUGGGAAGUCCGCCUGUCGUGGCACGAGCAGCAACGACAACUCCGACACUUACUACGAGGUGCAUGACGGCAUCACAGAGUUGGAGGCGUGCCAGUCGAAGUGUGCGGAAGAGCUCCCGAGUUGCAAAGGCAUCGAAUUCAGCUAUGGGCGCUGCGAGAUCUGGACACGGCCCCACGGGAUUUUUGCUUGGGCCGAGUUGAACAUUAGCAAUUUUACCUGCAUGCGCUUUGGCUGGCCGACGCAACGCUUGCUACCAGUGGAUGGUGGAUUUGGGCGAGCCUGUCGAGGAGAUUUUCCGACCGAGAACAGCCAGAGCUUUUACGACGUGGUCGUGGCUGAGACCUUAGAGGAAUGCAAGGCCGCUUGCUCUGCAGCGCCGGUCUGCCAAGGGAUCGAAUUCAGUUUGGGCCGAUGCGAGAUCUGGAAACGUCAUGUCGGUGCGAGUAUUCCGCUGGCGAACUUCACCUGUCUGGCGUACCAGGAGCAUGGCCAGGGCUCGAUGGAGGCCGUCGACCAGCCAAGCAUUGUUCUUCCCUAA